UCCAAAGCCAAAACACUCUUCUCUACUUCUCUGCAGUCAGCAUUCAGCUAAAGCAACAUUUACAGAGCCCUUCUCUCUCUCUCUCUCUCUCUCUCUAAACCACUUGGCCUCUUCUCUCUCACUACAAUACAUACAAACAGUGGCCUGUAGAUAUAGAGAGAGAGGAGCCAAAUCCAAUGGAGUACGAAAGGAUUCACAAAGUUCAGACUGGUAUAAUAUCACCAAGUAAGCUGAGAAUGAAGCUGGUAGGGGCUCACUUUCAGAGGAAGAAGGGGGAUGGAUCAAAUUCAAAUUGCAACUCCUCAAGAACUUCACCUUCCAAAGUUGGGGAUUCUGAGUUUGUGAAGAACAGCUUGUUGGCCUCUGAGAGUGGAGAUUUUGAGGAGGAAGCUUCCAGAUUCGAAGUGGCGGGAUUGAAAUCGUCUGGGAAUCCUACGCCAAACGGGGGCCAAGGCGAUUUGGAUUUACAUCACACAAAAGAUAAUGCAGAGUUUAGUCAUGUUAAGGUGCAUCAUGUGUCCAAGGUUGAAGGUUGUAAUUCUAGUUCGGUUCACCCGGUGAAAGCAUACGAGGACGAAAAUCUUGAUUACGACAGCACUUCUAGUUUCGAGUUUCAUAAAGGGGAGAGAUCGAUGCACCACCAUUCCAUGGCGAGGUCGUUUUCAAGGCCUAUGCCAUCCAAGUGGAACGAUGCCGAGAAGUGGAUAAUGAGCAGGCAAACCAUGCAAGCUAAUCAAUCCAAAAAGGUCCAUUUUCAAAACCAACCAAACCGGGUACCUGCCAUGAGCAUUGUUCGAGUUGCUCCAGAAUCGACCAGCUUCGAAAGUAAAUUAGCCGUGAAGAGGGUGGACUUUUGUCAGCCACCAUCACAGUUGGUGCCUGAAAAGUUCGUGUUUUCUCAUCCUAUUUCUGGUCAGGAGAACGUACCAACUGCCUUAAUCGACCUUUGUCCCGAAAGUAACAAUUUGCCCGAGAUGGACGAUGAGAGGUUAACUUGUACAAAAGAAGGUUUACCUGGCAUAAGAUCGGUUUCGAUGAGAGACAUGGGAACAGAAAUGACUCCGAUUCCAAGCCAAGAGCCUUCGAGGACUGCAACGCCCGUUGGGGCAACCACCCCGCUUCGCAGCCCAACGUCAUCAAUACCAUCCACUCCUCGAAGAGGAGAGCCAACGGGCUGUCCUAUCGAGCAUGCUUUCGACAACGUUUCUCACCACUCAUCAGAAAACGGUAAGAAGGAGCUAUCAGAACAAGAAUUGAAGCUCAAGACACGAAAAGAGAUCGUAUCCCUCGGUAUGCAGCUCGGUAAAAUGAACAUCGCUGCUUGGGCAAGCAAAGACGAGAAAGAAAGGAACGAUGACACAGCAGAACUCGAGCAGAUUGAAUUCGUUAAACGCGCAGCUGCUUGGGAGGAUGCUGAAAAAUCGAAGCAUAAUGCCAGAUUUAAGCGCGAAGAAAUCAAAAUCCAAGCCUGGGAAAGUCAGCAGAAAGCUAAGCUUGAAGCAGAAAUGAGAAGAAUAGAGGCACAAGUUGAACAAAUGAGAGCACAAGCUCAAGCGAAGAUGGUAAAGAAGAUAGCAAUGGCGAGACAAAAAUCAGAAGAAAAGCGGGCAACAGCUGAAGCCAGAAAGAAUCGACAAGCUGAGAAAACCGCUGCCCAGGCAGAAUACAUUCGUCAAACUGGUCGAAUUCCAUCCUCAUCUCUCUCGUGUUGCGGGUGGUAAUAGCGCAAUGAUAAACAGCAGAAAUGAAUGAAUGCAAAUAGUAAAGCAAUUCUAAUACAGGUAGCCUGCAGAUCUUGCCUCAUUUAUACUGCCUAAAUUUUGUAAUGGAACUAUUGAAACGCUGGUCUCUCAUGGACAUCUCAUCCAUUUUGUAUGUACAUCAGAAAAUUUAAGUUUUCAAAUGGAGUGGUUGCAGUGCAUUACUUUCUGAGAAA